AUAGUAGCUUAGAAGUAUGCCAAUCGCAGACAGGUGAGCUAGAAGCUAGGAGGGUGAAACCUCGUGCAGAAGGAGAAGUGGUAAAGGAGCCCUGAUGCUGCUGUGGAGAUGCUACAACCAGAAGGAAGAAAACAUUGAAGGGCACAACAAGAAAUAGUUUGAUACCAGGAAGGAAAUUACUGAGUUUAUUUGCAUCAUCAUCAGACAUCGGACUCCUCUCCAAACCGAAGCAGUUGUAGCCAUAUCAUCAGAGAGCCGGAGAACUACAAUGUCCUGAAGUCUGAAUUUCACCACUACGCAGAGGGAUUUCGAUUUCUACAGGUUUGCUACAGGAAGCAGAGUCAUGUGACGACUCCCUGCUGCAAGUUGAGAGAGGGAGGGGGAGAAGAGAAAAAUAGAGAGAAGACAGAGGUGGAAUCAACCAGCUAACACAAACGAUGCGGUCACUCAUGUUGUGUCAGAGAACAGCCAGGCUUUGUCACUGUGGACGUGGCUGAAGGGCUGCGAUCUGAAGAAUUUACCCAGCAUGCACGUGUUGGACAUCAGCUGGUUCACUGACAGCAUGAGAGAGGGGAGGCCUGUUGCUGUCGAGACCAGACAUCUUGUUCAGGACACCGUGGCCUCAUUUCCAGAAAGUUCUACACCCACCCCUGAGGUCAAAGUUUCCCGAUAUGCCUGCCAGAGACCGACAAGCACGGAAAACUACAACGCGACUUUCACAGAUGCGUUUGAAGUCAUGGCACAGAGCUAUGAAUUCAGCGAGAUUGAAGGCCCAUGUCUGGCCUUCAGGAGAGCUGCUUCGGUCCUGAAGAGUCUGCCCAGUGUGGUGGGCUCUCUGGGGGAGGUUCAGGAUCUGCCCUGCCUCGGAGAACAUACUAAGGCGGUCCUAGAGGAUAUUCUUCAAUAUGGCCGUUCGUUUGAAGUAGAGAGAAUACUGUCUGAUGAAAGGUAUCAAACACUGAAGCUGUUCACAAGUGUGUUUGGGGUUGGACCGAAGACGGCGGAGAAGUGGUACCGCAGAGGGCUGCGCUCAUUCAGCGGCAUCCUGACAGAGCCCAGCAUCCAUCUCAACCAGAUGCAGCAAACAGGUUUUCUGCAUUAUGAAGACAUCUCCAGGGCUGUCAGUAAGGCAGAGGCCCGAGCCCUUGGGAACAUUAUUGACGGAGCUGUCCACGCAAUCACAUCGGACGCCAUAACGGCACUGACAGGUGGCUUUCGAAGGGGAAAGGAGUUUGGUCAUGAUGUUGACUUCAUUGUGACCACACCAGAGACUGGGAGGGAGAAGAGUCUCUUACCAGACAUCAUCGACAGAUUCAAACAAGAAGGCAUUUUGCUGUAUUAUGAUUACCAGGCCUCCACCUUUGAAUGGUCCAAGCUUCCCAGCCUCAGGUUUGAGGCUAUGGAUCACUUUGCCAAGUGCUUCCUGAUCUUGAGGCUGAAGGCAAGCCAAGUGGAGGGAGGUCUCAACUGUGCAGAGGAAGACGACAGGGGCUGGAGGGCUGUGCGUGUGGACCUGGUGUCACCGCCUCUGGAUCGUUACGCUUAUGCACUGCUGGGCUGGACCGGCUCCAGGCAGUUUGAGAGAGACCUGAGGAGUUUUGCUCGAUUAGAGCGGCGGAUGCUUUUGGACAACCACACCCUGUACGACAAAACUAAGAACAAGUUCCUGGCAGCUGCGACUGAAAAGGACAUCUUUGCCCAUCUGGGUCUCGAGUACAUCGAGCCUUGGCAGAGAAAUGCGUAGGCUCUGCUCCUCCCUGACUGGAUGAUACACCCCGCGUACAGCAGUGUCUGCUUGCUCUGCUGGGAUUCGCUUUCAAACAGCUUUUUAAUUCCAUACAGUUAUGCGUUGUUGUUGCCAUUGCAUUCAUUGUUGUCGUAUGGAUUACAUGCCGCUGAAUGAUUUAUAAUUCCUUAUUGUCUGUUUGCGAGUGAACACUCCUUCACCAUUCUCGUCUUGCCUGUCUGUGUAAGUGUUGUAGUCAUGGUCAGGACACAAAGAGAAAUCAGACAAGAGUAUGAAUCGUCUCAGGAGCCUGCGAGGUGCAGGAGAGAGAGGAAGAGCGUGAAAGAAACGCAGAGGGAAGCAAAAGAGGAUGACCACGGAGAGAAAGGAGCGAGAAGACAGGAAACCAUGAGGAAAGUGAGGGGGAGGGGAGCUUUUGUAGAGCAAAAUGUUGUAAUCACCCUCCUCCUGGCAGGAAAGUGCUCGGCGUGAAGCUGAGCCAGGUCUCCGGGGAAUUGAGAGGCGGGUAAUGAGCUUCAGAUAGAGGGGCGUUUGGCGUCGCCAUUUAGCCUCCAUUUAAACCUACGUCCACUGGAGAUCAUUUAGCUGGCAUUCUGCUAUCCAAAGACCCAUAGCCUCCGCUCUUGUUCCACAAUGAGUCCCCUUCCCCAGAUGCUCGGCUGAAAUUAGAGGCACUCAGCUGCACCGGGAAAUUAGGAGGAAUUCAGACGGAAGGUAAAUGAGUCCACUAACCACACGGAUGGAUCUUGGCAUUCAAAGCGACUCUGGCUCCAGUUCAUAAAACAUCCAUUAUCUUAUUGCUUUGACUUUGGCUCAUGUAUGAAGGUUGUUUAUCAGGAUUCUUGUCCUUAUUUUUCAAAAGUGCGGUGGCUCUGUAGGACAAAGUGGAUAAGUUUGAAAAUGCUGCUGGCUCUGUUUUAGUUUGAAAACUGAGACGGCAUUGUAGCAUUGACAGGUGUUAACGGAGAUCUUAACUCAGUUACCGGUAUUCCUGAUUGGUUCUUACUCGCCAUGACUGUACUACCUGCAGUGAAGACAAUAUAUUACACCUGUGCCGUUAUCACAAGCUGGGAAUAUCGGUCUGUUAUCCUCUGGAAAAGAGGAGGGGUGGACUACUGGCUGAAGGGAAUACAAUUGCUGCCUAUACCUGUUGUAGAAAUGCUGGGGAAGCCACCCCUGUCCAGUGGACGUAGGUUUAAUUGGAGGAUAAAUGGCCAAACACUAUUAAAUUACUAUUACUAUUAACAUUAUCUUAGCUCAAUAUGCGAAUGUUGCCUCUAUUGUGUCACGCUGUUCGUGUUGUCCAAUGCUAGUGAUGCAAAAUGUGUGUCUCUUCGCGGCUUUGCAGUGACUUUGUUUGUCACUUUAUUGCUUCUCGUUUGGGUUGAAUGCACCAGUAGUCAGGAAAUCUCUGCUCUCGCUUUUUACAAUAGUUUUUUCUUAUUCUCAGUAUUUACUGUCUCAAAGCAAUUAACUGCAGUGUAGACAAUCUAUUCUGUUGACAUCAGCAUGCAUAUGAGCAGUGUAUGUGAGUGGUUAAAUGACAUUUGUUUUAAGGUGUCUUGUUUUGGACACGGAUUGUUACUCACAUGGAGCUAAAACAAGAAAGUAUUGGUAUGGAUGUAGCCUGACUCAUGUCUCAAGUGAUGACAUGUCCUGUCCUAAGGUCCACACACCCAACCCACUUUCCCAUCCGCCUCUGGUUUAUCCCAGAGUUCCUCAAUGAGAGCAGAGAUAGAUGAGAGCAAGCCAUUCUAGUGGAAUACCCUAUUUAAAGAUUUUUAAGUAGAACAGUCCAGCACUUUGAGGACUUGACCCAGGCCUCCUCCCUUUAUCCUCUCUUCUUUCCCCGUCUCGCUCUUUGUCCCUCUUUCUCUCCCGCCGUGCCGCCCUCUCCACCUUGCUGGCACAAAACAGUCUGUAAAGGUUCUGCGUUGUGGUGUUUACCAGAUGGAGCUGACUCUGGAACCCUCCUCUCCUGGGUUAUUUAGUGUUUUCACUCAACGGAGAUUAACUAUUUUAUAUAGAUCUCUCCAGAGUAAAACAAAAUCAACCUGACCUAAAUAAAUUUACAUUUGUCCUGCUCUCCUUUUUCUUAAUUGUUUUUCAAGUGCAAAUGGAAUUUCUUUUUUCUUUCACAUUAAAUAUUCAGUAGUGUAAAGGGAUUUAAAGGCUGUACCAUUCAUUCUAGGAAUUCACACAUUGUUGUUUGUUGGACUUAGAGAGCCUUAAACUGUUUGUAAAGCUGAAAUGCAAAGAAGUUAGUGCAGAGAGUAAAAGCUAUCUGCUCCAAAGUCCUCCAUCUCAUUCCUAAUACAAUUCAUUUACAAGAUAUCACAGAUUAAGUGAGGUCAUCUUUUCUGUUUGCUGCUUUAUCUGGCUGUACUGCAGGAUUUAACUGUGACUGCCUAACGAUACAGCUGAUUAUACUGGAGUACUUCAUCGUUUAACCUCAGUGAACUGUGGUAAGUACUCAUUGAAAUACAGACAAUUUAUUUCUGCACGGGCAUUUUUACUCCUGUAACACACUUUCUGUGUUUGUGCUGAAUAAACAUGAGUCGAAAUCGGUUUAGAUGAAAGGGCCAUAGGGCCACAAAUGCUAGAGUGCUGCUGCAUGGUCCUUAUCAGUAUAGAUUAACUUGUCACUGUAACUUUUCAUAAUGUGAAUUCAUGUUGAGUUCAAUGCAAAGCUGCCAGGUUUGGUGUUUUCUAUAAAAACUGACACGUGAGAUCCUUGAGCAGAUGAUGAGCGGUGCCAUUAGAUGAGUUGGUGCCCCUGGGACCUAUGAGCUAACAUUAGCACGGCUGGUAUCUUUAGUGGAGCCGCACUGUGCUGGUUGUAGAUAUUUACUGUGUAAAAAGGAUGACAUGACUUGAAAAAUUCCAAAUUCCAGCUUCACCAAGAGAUCAACUUUUAGCUGAAGGUCAGCUCCAAACACUCAGAUCAUUUGCUUAUUCAUCACUUUCAGCCAAUCACAGGUGGCCAUUCUCUAUGCAAAU